UUGAGGAUCGUUGCAGUGCGACUGACAAGUGACCAUUGUGCCUGAUGCUUGUGAUAUGUAGAAUAACUUGGUCAAGAGAGUUGUGCUCUGCCAACUUUCCAGCGGAUGUCUUGGGCAGCCCAAAAUCACUCAUGCUUCCAGUUGUGGUUUCCUUCAUCUUACCCACACCAUCACAAUCAACCCAUUCCCCUAGGUACAUGGAGAUGUGGAGGAUUCUAUGCGUUUCGUUUCAAUCCUUCAGAGUCAUCUAUGUCGAUAUGUUUUAACUUCAUAUACAACGUUAUCUUAAACCCCAUCAACCGGAAAUAGAACGUCGAAUGACGAUGGGAAUCAAGAGGUCUCAACUUCAGAGCUUCAUCCAAGUCAAGACUGCAAUAGAUUGGUUCAUUCCGUCGUAGUGCGAGGAUAGAUACCAUUUCAGUUUUUGAUGACCUUUAUGACUUAGUAUCGUUUCAAGAUUUCAGAGGAACGAGCACUCGAAAUCGUGUCAUUCUACACCCAUAUGCUGGAUGAUCAGUCAUAUCAUAUGCAGUACCUAGAUCUAGCGGGCAGUAGAAACUUCAUUUGGCCGUGACACCUAGCUCUUGUUCCAGACCCGCUGAAUCUCCUUGAAUCAGUUCCGGGCCACAAAAGUAAAUGAAGAGGAUUGCGUCUGUCGUAGAAGAAAAGUCGUGGUAUUGUUCUGAUUGAGUUCCGGGCUAGAAAGUGCGGACGCCUGCAUUAUCGAGACUUCUUGAUGUGUAUCAAAGUAUCUGCUCGUACUAGGUAGUAGGGAUAACACCGCAUCUUAAGUACGCGAUUAUAUAUUGAAAAAAUGAUCAAAGAUAAGUGGAGAGUUAGAAAAUCUGUACGCUGUCCUCGGGAAAUUAUUAUAAAGUACUAGAUAUUAGAUAACGUAUUGAACCUUGCGCUGCUGUCGACACCCCGCGGCGGGGUAAGGUGGGUAGCACUGAAACACCAGCAUGAUCGCCCAUUAAGAGAUAUUCAUCAACCUUCCCGCCUUCAUUUAUAAAUUACCUUCUUCCCUUGCGAAACCGUAAUACAAACUCAUUUACCUUCAAUAAUAAGCUCAUAAAAAGUAUGUCACCAACGGCGACUUCUCUCGACAAUGAACUCGCAAAUAAUAGUCGAGUUGGUGCAAGGGGGUCGACCGUGUCGGGCAAAAAGCUCAAAAUCAGGUCGUACCCGAGGUUCGAAAGUUUAGAAGAAGAGAGAUUAUAUCGCAAACAGCAUUUGGCUGCUGCAUUUAGGAUAUUCGCGGAUCGAGGUUUCGAUGAAGGGGUUGCUGGCCAUAUAUCAGUUCGUGACCCCAUUCUCACUGAUCACUUUUGGCUUAAUCCCCUCUCUCAACAUUUCUCUCAAAUCUGUGUCUCGGACCUUAUUUUGGUGAACGAAGAUGGCGAUGUGGUAAUUGGCGAUGAGCCAAUCAAUGCUGCGGCGUUUGCCAUUCAUUCUGAAGUUCACAAAGCUCGUCCCGAUGUACACGCUGCUUGCCAUGCCCAUUCUGUCUAUGGCAAAGCCUACAGCGCAUUCGGUCUUCCUCUUGAUAUGAUAACUCAAGAUUCUCUCCGCUUUUACAGGUCACAUAGUGUAUAUGACAAUUUUGGGGGAAUUGUGCUUGACCGUGAAGAAGGUAUUCGUAUCGCCAAAAGUUUGGGCAACGGCAAGGCGUGCAUUUUACAGAAUCACGGACUGUUAACGGUGGGUCAGAGUGUGGAUGAGGCAGCCUUCUGGUUCAUUAGCCUUGAUAAAACCUGUCAUGCCCAGCUACUUGUUGAUGCUGCGGCUUCAGGUAGUGGGAAGGUGAAGAAGAUUAUUGGAGAUGAGGAGGCAGCUUUUACUUAUAAUCAAGUCGGAGGACCAGAGAAAGGGUGGUUAGCAUUCCAAGGCUACUAUGACGAAAUCAUGGCCAAGACAGGUGGGAGUUUCCUAAAGUGACAGUGCAGAGUGAAACGGAGAGGGAAUCUAAUCCGCCCGAUUGAUGAUCUGAUAUACUUCCAUAUAUUAUUCGCAGGCGCUGUCGUGACUUGAAGUACCGUCUAGUGUUGAUUUUACCAGUUCAUACACAUAGAGAUCUCGAGGACCGAAGUUUUUGAUGAAUGCUCUUUCGUCUGUCGCUUAUUCCGAGCCAUAUUGUUCAAUGUUGUAAUUGCAGGCGCUUCCCAUGCAUGAAGCAAUCAGAAGCAUGCAGGUCUCCGUUUAGGACGCAAUUGUUUCUCCGAACAUGCGACUAACACGACAACCCUUCGAAAAAAUAUCAUCCCAAAUCUUAAUGAGACAAUAUUCAGGAAGUUUUCUCCCGUGUCCUGCAUAUUUACAAUGAUCGGGCAUACAUAUCUGUCAUAUGUAUUGCAACAUCGAGUAGAGUUUCCACAGUGAGCACGAAAGAGAUCGCGAUUAUCAUGCACCCAUGAAUUCGGGACUUCCUUGUGAGCAUCCGGUACCGAUUAUUCGGAAAUGUUAGGGAAUGGUGGCUGAAGAAGGGAAAAUGAGAUUGAAAAUGGGGGAUCGCUCUUCUUGGGUAUAGAUAUCUAGAGGUGGGACUGAUGAGAUGUUGCCCAAGAGAUGUUUGGGUAGCGGCCAGUUAUCAUCCAUGAAUAAGACAUGUAGCUAUGCCCUGUCAUGGAGCUGACCGACCCAAAGAGAAAUUGAGGUAAUGCAUGUGACAUGACGAUAGCGAGGCUGACCACUAUCGAGACCUACGUGGUAAAAUAUGAGACUACUCUGUUAGAGGUUAAUCAGCAUCCGCAGUGAUUUUUCCGUUUCUUCUACUCAUUCACAUCUUCCUGUUCACCCUCUUGGCUAACUUAUCCUCGGGGAAAUGUCGACUACCUAGGGACUGAGAGG